AUGAUCGGAGAAUGGGCAAUCAUCCUGCUCAGUUCCGUCCAGGCUGUUCGGAUAUCCAGAGCAGUUCGGACUGAUUCAGUCACAGGAGAACCCCCUGGAAUUUACGAACUGGAAGAUACGUGGAAAUACACGACUUCUCUCAACUGGACGACUUUCAAUCAAUAUUCCGAAGAAGACGACGAUAGUAGCUACGAUUACUACGACUAUUUCUUCACGGAGAAUUGGUCGGACAGCACAGGACCCGAUGGCCACCGAGUCUACUCAGUCUGCGACGUAAACAAAGCGAAAACAGUCUGGUCAGACCAAUGGCUUCGGACAAAAUACGUAAAAAUACCUGCCGAACUUCGCGACGCCGAGAUCUCCAUUCAAGUUGAUUACGCAUUUCCCGACUGCCCGCUGAAUGGAGAUUGCAAAUACACCUUCGAAGUUUUCAAGCUGGAGCGCGACACUGACAGUGCUGGUGACAUCUCCCCUGCUUGGUCGGACAGCUCUUAUGACAAGCUCAAGACCAUUGCCGCCCAGGAGCACUUUCAACAAGGCGACAGUUCUGCACAGAUGACGACAGAAACGCUUACUUUCAAAUCUUCAAAAGUCGGUUUCUAUGUGGCCUUCAAAACCCGCCAAAGUUGUGUUUCAAUCUCGCGUAUGCGUGCCUUCGUCAAAGUCUGCCCUGAAAGAAACAUCGACCUUGCCGUUUUUCCAAAAAUUCCUUCGAUAGAAGGCCACCACGUGACUGUCGCUGGACACUGUGUGCCAAAUGCCGUGCCUGCUCAUCCAAAUGUGCCAAUCACGGGAAAAUGUGUCGAUAUGAAAACGUACACUACGACCCCGAAUCUCUGUGAAUGCCUAGAUGGAUACGAACGCUUUGGAAACUUAUGCAAACCUUGCCCAGUCGAUACUUUCCGCAAGGGAAAAACCGAAAAAUGCCGGCCAUGUCCUGAUAAUCGAGAAUCUUUUGGUAGAGCCGCAGUUUGCGAGUGCAAGCCAGGAUUCCGUGCUGAUUCAAAUUCAGACGACAAAAAAGACAAGUGCUACAGGCCUGCUUCGACUCCUAUCAUCAACUCUCCUCACUCCGCUACUGAUGAUAAAUCGAUAACGCUAUCUGUCGUUCCCCCUGUUGACCAAGCUGAGUACGAGCCAGACACAGACUUCAGAUACGAAGUGACGAUUUGCACCGUUAGCAAUGCUCCUACAUGCCCUUGGACAAAUGAGCAUAUUUCACAAUCAAGGAUGGAUCUGCGCCGGUUCGACCGGCUCCAGCCGGACACAAAGUACGAAGUCACCAUAACUGCGGUCAACCGCGUUACGGCCUACCGCGAUCACAACAGCAUGAAGAAAACAUUCACUACCAAGCAGACGCCACUUGGACGAGUCCUUGGACUGACCAUGGACCAGUCGCGGGACAAAAAGACGCUUCUUAUACAAUGGGAGCCGCCCAAAGAAGGCCAAGUUGACCAUUACAGAGUAGAAUUCACAAACUCUGCCGGUGACGAACACUCUGCGACUAUAUCCGCUCCCAGCUUCAACAUCACAGAUAUUGUUCCAAAUAUGAAAUACCGAGCACGAGUGACUCCUGUGAAUGCAGCAGGCGCUGGGAAGACCACCGAAGUAGUGGAAGUCACAGAGGAUGACGCACCUGCGAUGACCAUGGUUAUUGCUGCUGGGCUGGGACUCGUGCUUGUCAUGCUGAUCGUUGUCUGUGCAAUUUUGUGCCGAAAGGGUGUGAGAAAAGAAGACAAAAAAGAUUCUCAGUCAGGCACAGGAAGUACAGUUCCAUUUCUCCCCGAUCAAGCAAUUCUUCCCACCAGUCCAAACGCUUACGAUACCGGCCCAAGUCCAUUCGGCGCCUUUGGAAAACUGGAAGUCAAACCCGGCACUUUUCACGUGACUGAAGAGAAAAUUGGUGAGGGAGAAUUCUCAUCCGUUCACAAAGGAUAUCUGACGACAGACAGCGGCAUGCGGAUCCCAGUCGCCGUCAAGAGCCUCAAAUCCGGCGUUGGAAUGCGCUACAAAUCAGAUUUUCUUGACGAAGGGCAAGUGUUGAACGGAUUCGAUCACCCUCAAAUUAUUGCGCUCAAGGGAGUUGUUACUCGAUCUAUGCCACUUAUGAUCAUGACUGAAUAUAUGGAGAACGGAAGUCUGGAUAAUUUCUUAAGAAAUAACAGAAAUGGAAUUUCAGUUCUCGAAAUGGUAAAUAUUCUUUACGAUGUUGCAUCUGGAAUGGCUUACCUCCAAGACAAAGGCUUCAUUCACCGAGAUUUGGCUGCUAGAAACAUCCUGAUUGAUGCCACCCGCCAUGCUAAAAUUGCCGACUUCGGUCUCGGCCGAAUCGUUGAAGCCAACGACCCGAACGCUACUUACAACGCUCUCGGUGGCAAGAUCGCCAUCAAAUGGACAGCUCCAGAGGCAAUUUCCGCUAAGGCCUUCUCCCACGGCUCCGACGUCUGGAGCUUUGGGGUCCUUAUGUGGGAGGUGAUGUCGUACGGAGAAGCGCCAUAUUGGGACAUGACAAAUGACGCAGUAAUUCGCAAUAUAACAAAUGGCCAGCGAUUGCCCCAGCCUUAUGGAUGCCCUGACGCCAUCUACGAAAUCAUGCGCGAUUGCUGGAAACAUAAGCAAGAAGAUCGACCUGGAUUCAAGCAAUUGAAAAAGAUGCUCUUUGAUCUUCUUCAAAAGCCCGAGCUUCUCUCCACCGCCGCUCAUAUGCCGCCACAAAUACCUCACUCCGACUCGCGCCAAUCCUCGUCACUUUACACGACGCUCAGUUGA